UCUUCAGCUGCAAUUUGCGAAACUCUGCACUUCAGUUUCAUGCGAACUUUAACUUGGUUUUGUCUUUUAAUGUGAUCACAUUUUGGAUCGAUCACGAAAAUGGCUGCUCAUCGGACCCGUGCCAAAGCCAGUGCGUCGCCGUCAUCCAACGGAAGCAGCCUUAACGUGGUGUUCGUGCAUCCCGAUCUGGGCAUCGGUGGUGCGGAGCGUCUCGUCGUAGACGCUGCUGUGGCACUGCAGAGCAAGGGCCAUUCCGUCCGCUUCCUCACUGCUCACCACGACCCCUCUCACUGUUUCCCGGAAACCCGCGACGGCACUCUGGAAAUCUGUGUCGUGGGUGACUGGCUGCCGCGGUCUUUAGGCGGACGACUGCACGCGCUGUUCGCCUACCUGCGCAUGAUCGUCUGCGCAGUGUGGCUCAUCGGCUGGAGUGGCUGGCAGUAUGAUGUCGUCUUCUGUGAUCAGGUGUCAGCCUGCAUUCCCGUGCUGAAAUGGAGCGGAAAGCCGGUGAUCUUCUACUGCCAUUUCCCCGAUAUGCUCCUGACGCAGCGGGCUUCGUGGUUGAAGCGACUGUAUCGUGCGCCCAUCGACUGGCUGGAAGAGUGGACGACGGGAAAAGCAGACUGCAUCCUCGUCAACAGCAAAUUUACCGAUGGAAUUUUCGAAGAUACUUUUCAUUCACUGAAAGGAGCGCGUCGUCAAGUCUUGUAUCCAUCGUUGCAUUGCUCAACGUUUGAUCGCUUCCAGCCGGCCGACGGACGCCAUGCGCAACUUCCGACAAGCGCGGAUUAUGUAUUUCUGUCGGUUAAUCGCUACGAAAGGAAAAAGCAAGUGGAACUUGCCGUGGCUGCCUUUGCAACACUGCAGCAUUUGCUUCCCUGUGAACUGACUCUCCACCACGGUCGGAAGAACGCUAAAAUCCAUCUGGUCAUCGCCGGGGGCUACGACGAGCGGGUGCCGGAAAACCGCGAAUACCAUCAGGAUCUGGUUGACCUCGUGGAACAGCUGGGUCUGAGUGGUCACGUGACGUUCCUGCGCUCCAUUGACAACUCAGAGAAGCUGCAGCUUUUGCACGACUGCACGGCGCUGUUGUACACUCCCAGCGGAGAGCACUUCGGGAUCGUUCCCCUGGAAGCCAUGUACAUGCGCCGCCCGGUGGUGGCGGUGGCUUCCGGCGGCCCCUUGGAGACCGUCCGGCACGGUGAGACGGGAUUUCUGUGCGACGGCACUGACGAGACGCUGCAGGAGAACUUUGCAGAGGCCAUGAAGAAGCUGGUGGAGACGGAGGGGUUGCGCGACAAGAUGGGCACCGCUGCCCGAGAGCACGUCGUCAGUAACUUUUCCUUCAACGCCUUUACCACGCUCCUCGAUAACAUUGUCAGAAAAGUAGCGACUGGUUAAUGUUACGGAUUAUGGUGCGAUCACGCGUGUUGUUCUCAACGAGUUCUUUUGUAAAUUGAUUUCCGGAUUGGGAUUCUCACUAGAAUUUUCUGGAAAUUUUUUAUGAUCAUGGUUGUGUCGUAGUCAAAUUGUUUUUUUCCCAUGCGAAAAAGUAACUUGCCAACAUCUAAAACUUUUUUGAAUUCCGAUACUUCCAGUUCCGUACAAUGUCUUUUAACAAGGAAAUUGUUUUAUUUUUUUUAUGCCUUGCUGGUUCAUUGUUUCUUUGCUUUUAAAUGAUUGAGAAGCACAUCCCAGUGAUCGCGACCAGCGAUACUGGGAAUACUUUUAAGCCCCAAAUAAACUUCAUAACGAACACAA